AUGCGGUGGGGAUGGAGAGGCACAAACUCGCAUUGUUGUGUGAGGGCGCUGCCGUCGGCGCUGGCGCUGCUCGUGUUGCUGCAGCCGGCCGCCGCGCCCGCGCCCCCGCCCCCGCCCCCGCCCCGUCCCUGCGCCACCAACCCACUGUGCAUCUGCCGCGCCGACCACUUUGCUUGCGAUUCCGUGUCCUUCCAUCGAUUCCCCGAUACAGAGUAUAUAGCUGCGACUGUGCUAGAGGUGGCCGCAGUGCACGUGGCGGUGUCGGCGUCGCGGCUGGGCGCACUGGGCGAGGCGGCGCUCGACGCGCGCGCGUUGCGCACCCUCGUGCUGGUCGCCUCGCGGCUGCACAGCAUCGAGCCCUCUGCAUUCACAUCUAUGAAAUCCAGCCUCGCAUCAUUAGACUUAGGUUACAACGAGUUCACAAAAAUACCCAUAGAAGCAUUGCAACAUUUGAAAGUGCUUAAUUGGUUAAACUUGCAAAAUAAUUACAUAAAUGAAUUGGACCCAGAUAUGGAGUGGGGCGGACUGUCAGAAUCAUUGAGUAGUUUGUCACUUAGCAAUAAUCACAUAUGUGUAAUACGCGAAGGUGCCUUGACAUCGCUACGCCACUUAGUACAAUUGGAACUAGAUGGGAAUCGUCUGAGACAGUUAGACGCGGCUGCGUUGCCUGCUUCGUUAGCGCUAUUACGACUAUCUGAUAAUCUCUUAUCAGAUUUCCCUUGCCAAGCUAUUACACUCUUGCCUCGUCUCCGACAUGUACAUCUACGAAAUAAUAUAAUUCAGCUCAUUUCAAAUAUUUCUUGUCGAAGUGAACAUUCCAAAGUGGAUUCCCUUGAUUUAAGUCACAAUGAACUUACUGAUAAUUUUCAUAUUGAUUUCUUCCAUCACUCUCAACUUAAACAAUUGAUUUUGGACCUUAAUGAUUUCACAACUAUUCCUUUAUUUGUAUCAAACUGUGGUCGUCUUGAAAAAUUAUCUGUUUCAUACAAUAAAUUACAACAUAUAUCAGCUGUGACAUUUCAUGCACUAAAGCAUACACUUGAAAGAUUAGAGUUAGAUCACAAUGAACUAAUAACGUUACCAGAGAGCUUAAGGGAACUGAGAAAACUAAAACAUUUGUCUCUUGCUUAUAAUCUCUUAGAAGAAAUAAAAGUAUUACCACCGAUGCUGCAAACUCUUUCAUUAGCUGGCAAUUUUCUUACACUAUUUCCCUAUAGUUUAUAUGAUUUGGCCCCGGGCAUGCUGUCGUACUUAGAUCUUGGUUACAAUCAUAUUUCAUUCGUGUCAGCAGAUUUAUUCGGUGCUUGGUCCGAGGGGCUCACCACCCUCAGUCUUCGUGGGAACAAAUUAGCUCAGUUAGCUUUAGGCUCUUUCCCACCACUACCUUUGCGUGAACUUGUAUUGAGCUUUAACGACCUUUACUAUGUUGAAGCAGGAGUUUUUACGAACUUGACAGAAUUGAGAAUUCUAGAAUUAUCAUCAGCAUUAUUUAGUGGUGAAAUAUCUACUGGUUCCUCAUUAGAAGCUCUAACUUGGUUGGGCUUAGAUAAUAAUAAUAUUCAUUUUAUAUCGUCAGAUGAUUUGGCAAAUUUCCCUUCUUUAGAAUAUCUCAAUUUAGAUUUUAACAAAAUAAUCGAAUUUCCUAGCAAAGUCAGUAGAACAAGUAGGUCGUAUAAAAUUAAGGAAUUAAGACUGUCAUAUAAUUAUGUAAGCAGAAUAGAUGCAGAUUUUUUGGAGAAAUUGACGGAAUUGCAGAGCAUUGACUUAUCUAAUAAUCGAAUGCACAAUAUAAGUGAACGAAGUUUCUGUAAUUUGUGGAACUUAGCUUAUUUAAACUUAGCCGGUAACGUUGUAGAGUUAAUAGGUGAAGAGGCUUUUGUUAAUCUUCCUAAAAUAGAAAUAUUGGACUUACAGGAAAAUAAUUUAGUGGAGUUUUCUACGAGAUAUUUUUCAAAUAUGUCAAAUAAUGAAGUGAAUUUCGCAGUUAAUAUAAGCUAUAAUAAAAUAUCUUCGCUUAUUGGUGGUCCUACGGUUUCAAUUAAUAUUAUAGAUAUGUCACAUAAUUUAUUAGAAAAUAUAGUUGCAGAUUUUUUUAUUUCUUUAGGAGAAAAUAUCCGUCAAAUUUUUCUUUCCCACAAUAAAAUCGCUAUCAUUGACAAUGUGGCAUUUGGAUCAUUGCCUAAUUUAAGUAUAUUAAAUUUGCAUGGAAAUGAAAUAUAUAUGCUAAAACGUAGAGCGUUGGCAGAGUUGCCUUCAUUACAGAUUUUAGAUCUAUCACGUAAUCGAAUAAGUCAAUUGUUAGUGGAACAAUUCCAUAGUCUACAUCGUUUAAGACUUUUACGUUUAGAUAGUAAUAAGCUACGUGCAUUGCCACGUGAUGUCUUUAAAAAUACUUUACUAGAAUAUUUGGAUUUAAGUGUUAAUCAACUGGCCUUAUUUCCUAGCAGUGCUCUGUCACAAGUCGGCUUCACUCUACGUCGACUCGAGCUUUCAUACAAUCGUAUUGAAUAUCUUGACGCUGCGAUGUUUCACGCUACUUCAUUUCUUUAUGAGCUUGGUUUAUCCCAUAAUGCUCUCACAGUUUUAUCAGAUAAUACAUUUGCUGGAUUACCAAGACUUCAUCGCCUUGAUUUAUCUUUCAAUUCUAUCAAAACAAAUUUUAAAGAGCUUUUUCAUAACGUGCCACGUUUACGUUGCCUGUCACUAGCUAAUACAAGUCUUAAAAAUACACCACAUCUUCCUCUUACUAAUCUUACAGAGCUUAAUCUUAGCGGAAAUUAUAUUGCUUCAUAUAGCGAGAUAGACGUGCGACACCUUGCAAACUUAAGAGCUCUGGAUAUAUCCGGAAAUAAAUUUACUUCAAUGCGCCCCGCAAUGUGGACAGGUCUGCCGCAGCUUAUUUCGCUUGACAUAUCUAGAAAUCCAGUAGUGCGAAUACAACGUGGACUCUUUGACGGGUUGGAUCGUUUACUUUAUCUUAAAAUGGAUAACCUGCGCUAUGUAGAAAACAUCGAGCCUCGAGCAUUUCGUGCCUUGAUAUCGCUAAGAUCUUUAACCCUUGAGUCGCCUACAGGUCUAUCAAAAGACGUUCCUAUAGCAGACGUAGUUAUUGCCACUCAUCACUUAGAAGCUUUGGUGGUUAUUAUACGUAAAGAGAUAUUAGACACUCAAUUUUUAGGUUUGCGCGCCUCCAAGCUUCGCUCGUUAGAAGUUCGUGGCGUAGCGAUGCGGUACGUGGCUCCACACGCGUUUAUUGCCUUAGGAAGGCAACGCGCCCUAUCUUUGCGGCUAACAAGCUCAGGUAUUGUCGAAUUACCUGAUGGUCUCGUGCUACCAUUAUUCCGAAUUCCACAUCUCGCACUCGACCUUACAGAUAAUAAAAUAGUCAAUUUCGGACCAGCAGUCUUGUACCCAAACUCGACGGGAUGGCAUCGGUUAGCGACUAAAUUGUUGCCAGGUGGUCUGGUACUUGCUGGUAACCCACUUCGCUGUGGGUGUUCAGCGUCGUGGGUGGGAGCCUGGCUGCGCCGCUGGACGAGCGAGGUCGGGGGCGGCACGCGCAGUGGGCGCUGGGCGGCCCGCAGCAGUACGUGCGUGUCGGGCGCCAGCUCUCUUCCGAAGCCGUUGCUCGCUCUCCACGCUGACGAGGCUGAAUGCCACGCAAGCGCUCUUUCUAGUCGCUCGUAUAAGUUGUUCGUUACGUGGAAUAGAUUGUAUAUUAUACUGAUAGCUUUCCUAUUACUUAGU